AUGCGGUGUACAGUGGUAGUAGGAGAUAAAGAAGAUAUUUCUUUUGAAGAUACUUCUGAAAGUAAUAUAACAGACAGAAGCAGCACAAGCGAUGCUUCGUGCAGACAGCAGCAAAACCCUGGUCGUCAUCAUCUGCAGCAGCAGCAGCUGCAGCAGCAGCAGCAGCAAUUGCUGCAGCAGCAAAUGCUGCAGCAGCAGCAGGAAGAGCGAAUACGCAACUACCCGAGAUACGGUCGCAGCGAGCAGCAAAUGCAGCAGCAGCAGAUGCAGCAGCAGCCGCCGCCGCAGCAGCAGUACAUGCAGCAGCAGUACAUGCAGCAGCAGCAGCAGCAGCAGCAGCUGCCGUUCCCUCCUCCUCUAACAGCAACAGAGAUGCAGCAGAGACUAGAAGAAGAGUGGUCAGAGAGAGAGAGACAGUUGAAAGAGCAGCACAAGAGACAUCUGCAGGCAGUCGUUACUCAUGAGAUAGAGAAAAUAACUCAAGAGUACGGCAGACGACUCAUACAUGAGAUGCAGCAGCAGGAGCAGCAGCUGCAGCAGCAGCAGCAAAGCCAGCAGCGCGAGGCGUAUGAACAGAUGCGCGAGUUGCAGCAGACUAACUUCUUUUAUAAACAAAACAUCAAAGAGCUUCAGCAGCAGCUUGAAGCAGCUGAAAACAAACAAAGAAAAACAGAAGAAGAAAUGCAUCUCCUACAGCGACAAGCCGAUAACAGCAGCCAGAGAGAGCAGCAGCUGCUACGCGAAAAUGCUGUACUUACGUCUCAGCUGUCUGCAUGCACAGAGGAGAAGCAGCAAAAGAUAAAGAGAGAAGAAGAGUUGCUGCUGCAGCUAGAGAUCAGCAGCAGCAGCAGCACCAGACUGCAGCAGCAGCUGCAGCACGAGCAGCAACUUGCUGCUGUCUAUAGACAGAGGCUGCAGGAGCAGCAGCAGCAAACGCAGCAGCUGCAGCGCAGCAACGAUCAGCUGCAGCAGACAGUUAGAGUAGAGACAGCAGCAAAAGAAAGAAGCAACACUCAACUACUUGCGUUAGUAAACCAGCAAGAUAUUAUUUAUGCUGAAAAUGAAGCUUUAAAAAGAAAGACAGAAACGCUGCAGCAGCAGCUGCAACUGCAGCAGCAAAAGCAACAAGAUACGGUAGCUAAAGACAAUAAAAUAGAUUGCCUGCAGCAGCAAAUCGAUAAACAACAAAAACAAAAUACAGACAUCACCAACUCUCUCCGCAUGCGGGUGCAGCACUUAGAGAGGAUAGAAGAAAUGUAUUGUCUUCUUAAGACAGAAACAGAGUCGAUGAAACUGGAGUUGCUGCGGCUAAAAGACGAAAACGCUGCUCUGCAUGCAGCAGCAAAACAAAAAGAGUAA